AUGUCUCCUCAGCAAAUUUCCUAUUGUUUAUUAGUAGUUGUAUGUCCCAAAGUGAUUUUAAUUCAGCAUCUGGCGGGGGCUGUUUCUGAGGAAGAAACAACACUAGCUCGCAACCAGCUUAGGACUGCUCUCUAUCAACAACUUGAAUCAAAUACUGGGAAAGCGGAGUUUAAUGCGAAAGAACUGUUAUACACUGGAUCUGUCAGAUCAUUGGCUGAUCUCGAAAACCAGAUCGCGAGUAUUGAUCAACAAGCUUUGCGAAACGCCGUAUUCAAUCAUGUUUACGAUAGAGAUACUGCCAAUGUUGGAGUCGGUAAGCAUCUUGCAACAUUUCCUUUAGCAGUUGGAUAA